CUGGCUUUCAUAGGCAGUUGCAGCUGGCUGGUAACGGUGGUGGUUGGGAGCGCUGCAGAUUGGGGAGCUCGCUCUCUUCUUUGCAAUAAGCAUCUUUGAGAUAAGCGCUUCCCAGCCGACAGCGUUCCAUUUUUUUAGGGUUGGGGUCUCUGAGUCUCCCAAAAUGGCCGGCAAUCGAGAUUGUGCUAUGGAGCAGCUGAAACACUGGCAAGAGCAGCGAGGCUCGCAGAAAGCCGAUUGCUUAACCACAGGAGCAGGAAUCCCAGUGGGAGAUAAGCUGAAUCUUAUGACUGUUGGUCCAAGAGGCCCACUCUUGGUUCAGGAUGUGAUUUUCACCGAUGAGAUGGCACACUUUGACCGAGAAAGGAUUCCUGAGCGAGUUGUGCAUGCCAAAGGAGCCGGAGCAUUUGGCUAUUUUGAAGUGACUCAUGAUAUCACCAAAUACUGCAAAGCAAAGGUAUUUGAGCAUAUAGGCAAAAGAACUCCAAUGGGUAUUCGAUUUUCAACUGUUGCUGGAGAAUCAGGCUCAGCUGAUACAGUGCGUGACCCUCGAGGCUUUGCAAUGAAAUUCUAUACUGAAGAUGGAAAUUGGGAUCUUGUAGGGAACAACACUCCCAUCUUCUUCAUUAGAGAUGCAAUGCUGUUUCCAUCUUUUAUCCAUACCCAAAAGAGGAAUCCACAGACACAUCUGAAAGAUCCAGACAUGGUAUGGGACUUCUGGAGUCUUCGCCCUGAGUCUCUGCAUCAGGUAUCAUUCCUGUUCAGCGAUCGUGGCAUUCCAGAUGGGCAUCGUCACAUGAAUGGCUAUGGGUCACAUACUUUCAAGCUAGUGAAUGGUUGCGGCAAUGCAGUAUACUGCAAAUUUCAUGUAAAGACUGAUCAAGGAAUUAAAAACCUUCCUGUCAAAGAAGCAGAAAGACUGGCUUCUGAAGAUCCUGACUAUGGCCUGCGUGAUCUUUACAAUGCGAUUGCUAAUGGAAACUUCCCCUCUUGGAGUUUCUAUAUCCAGGUUAUGACAUUUGAACAAGCUGAGAGGUUUCCAUUUAAUCCCUUUGAUGUAACAAAGGUUUGGCCUCACAAAGAUUAUCCUCUCAUUCCUGUGGGAAAAGUUGUCUUAAACCGAAAUCCUGUCAAUUAUUUUGCUGAAGUGGAACAAAUGGCCUUUGACCCAAGCAACAUGCCUCCAGGAAUUGAACCUAGCCCUGAUAAAAUGUUACAGGGUCGUCUUUUUUCAUAUCCGGAUACCCACAGACACCGCCUGGGACCCAACUACCUUCAAAUUCCUGUAAAUUGUCCAUACCGAGCUAGAGUGGCCAACUACCAGAGAGAUGGGUUUAUGUGCAUAUCUGAUAACCAGGGUGGUGCCCCAAACUAUUACCCAAAUAGUUUUACUGGCCCUGAAGAACAGCCCAUUAUGAAGGAGAGCCGUAUAUCUACUUCAGGCGAUGUACAACGCUUUAAUAGUUCAGUUGAGGAUAACGUCUCUCAAGUACGGGACUUCUUUGUCAAAGUAUUGAAUGAGGAAGAGCGCAAGAGACUUUGUGAGAACAUUGCUAACCAUCUUAAGGAUGCUCAGCUUUUCAUUCAGAAGAAAGCUGUGAAAAACUUUAUGGAUGUUCAUCCUGAUUAUGGUAAAGGCAUUCAAGCCCAUCUGGAUAGACACAAUGCCAAAGAAAAAGGAAAGGAUCAAAUUCAUACUUAUGCACAAAGUUCAUUCCCUGGAAAGGAGAAAUCUCAUUUGUAAAUGGCAUAAUCUGUGAUUACUUGCCACAGUGGAAAUCUUUAUCUGAAAUCCGUCCAACUGGAAAAUGAGCUGGAAAAGGCCUUACGUAUAAUGGAAUUGCCUUCUAUGCUGUUAGCUGCAGUAUAAAACCAAGCGUGCUUCUGAUUUUAAAAACAAAUUGAAUUAAUCAUAUAGAUUAUUAAUGCUGAAUCUAUCCUGACAAUUCCUUUGAAAUGUUACAUCUGAAAUACAUUAGCAUAAUAACUUUGUGUUUAAUUUUGCUUAUUAAUAUGUUUUAUUCUUAUGAUUGAUCUUGCAUUUAUUUACCAAAAGAACAAUUGCUGUGAUCGAUACCUUUUAUUGGCCGUGCUGGUAUUAGUAUUAUAACAAAUUCUUUUCAAAUGGAUAUUAGCCAUUAAAGAGCAAAUGUUAAGAAAUAGACAUGGAUGCAAAUCUUUUUAACCGCAAAUCUCUACAUAGUACAUUUAAAAACUAUUAUAAAGUACUUGAGGGAGAAUAGGUUUCAGUGUGAAAGUUACCUGUGCUAUGAAAGCUUUAUAUAUAGUGGUAUUAUGUUCUAAGCUGUUAGCCGCAAUACAAAAACAUUCAAAUUUGAAGAUCCUUUUAAAAAGAAACUAUAUAGAUUAUUCAUGCUGAAUCUGUGUUGACACUAACUCUGAAAUGGCACAUCUGAAGUAGUAGUGUCCCAAUUUUGUGCUUAUUUUUGCAUAUUAAUCAAAGCAUGAUUUGUAUUGUAACAAAUCUCACAUUUAUUCACCAAGAGAAUAUAAUAUCUUUUAUGGGUAAUGCUGACAUUAGUAUUAUAACAAGUAAAUGAAAUCCUUAUUAAAUAGAUACUAACAAUUAGAGCAAGUUUAAAGAAAUAUACGUUGUAUAUGAAUCUUUUUAACAGAAAACCUCCAUUCACAUAGUACACUUGAGAAUAAUUAAAAUGCUUGAGAGGGAUUAUGUUAAGUGCAAAUUAUACUUGUUCUUGGGCUAAUCAUUUCUUUUGUUGGUUCGGGAUGGAUUACACACAAAAAAAUUUGGAACGUUCUUAUAAAGCUUAUUCUACAAUAAAAUUCUCAUAAAACGUC